UUAUAACAUAACCGAAUAACAGGAAUAAGAUUCCGAGUCGAAAAUGGCAAUGGAAAUAUCAGCGAUGCGAUACGAAGACGUGCGAAAGCAGAUUGGACACUAUGCCAAGAUGGAUUACCAUCCAGAGAUAAGGCCUGCUGGAACUGUGAUUUUGGAAGAUGGAUUGGAAACGUGUUUUAAAGAUUACAAACUCCAAGACAGUGUUGAUGCGUUGAAAUCUAAAUUGCAUAUUACUGAUAAACGAGAAGACUAUGGCUUCAAUCAUCAAUUACCGAUUGGUACUGCUGACCUCGGCACUCACACCGGAGUAAAAACCUGUUUGGAAAUGACUAAACGGACACCGUUUCAAUUGCUAAUCUGUGAGCUAAGAGAUACAGCUAUGAACAGUUACUGGAAAAAAGAAGUUGGUAAAACUUCAGGCCAAAAAUCAAAUUUACCAAACGGCGUUGACCCUGUUACAACAAUUUUUGGAAAACGCACUAUGUCCAAUGGUACAGCAGCAGAAUUGGUAAAUCCUCAAAAAACUGUGACUGAAGUUAUUUUAGCUUCUCGCAUUGGCCAUCGACUUUACAGGAAAAGUCACAAUAAUUAUGAUGUUUCUGAACAAAUCAAUCGAAAAUAUGUUGAGCCAUUCAAUAAAAAUUACAAGUAUGGCAAGAAAAAUAGAAUCGAUAAAGAGGGUAGUCAAGUUAAGCAGUCGAUGAGGUGGUUCAAGCAAGAUGUUGCAUCAAUCGUUAGUAACCUCCAAGCAGACUUUAUCAAGAGGACUCAUGCUCCUCUUGGUCGUUCAGUGUGCCAUACACCUGAGGCGUAUUAAAACUUUUGCAUUCUGGGAUUUUGGAGACAAAUCAGAAGUUGAAACGUGAUCAUUUCCGGAGGGGUUAACCUUUAUUGAAUUCAACUGAAUUCAUUCAAAGUUUAUUAACCCCAUGAAAUCAACUAAAUAACAGGAGUGUCAAGCAAGAGUGAAGAGUUACGAAAAAUGACAAAAAAAUUUCAUUUCUUUACCUGACUU